AUGACGACUGUUAAGAUUAACUGUCACAUUACAAUUAUUCACCCUAAUGGUAAAGCUAAACGCGACCAAUCUCUGGAGGAGCUCAAGGAACACAUACAUAAAUAUUACAUACCUCUCGGCCGGCAAUUUAUGGUGUUGUUUCCAGAAGGUGGCUUCCUACAUAAGAGGAAAGAAAUUAGUCAGAGAUUCGCUGAGAAAAAUAAUCUACCAAAGUUAGAGUACGUUUCUUUGCCUCGAGCCGGAGCUAUGAAGGUGAUUAUGGAAGAAAUUGGUCCCCGGUACGACCAAGCCGGUACAUCCAAGGAUAACAAGAAAGAUGACUUCAAUCAGAACAGCACAAAGAGCUCAAAGGCUGAUGCGAUCGAGUGGAUCCUAGAUGUCACUAUAGCAUAUCCGGAUCGUGUUCCAAUUCAUUUGCAAGACAUCGUUUGUGGCAUACGACCACCCUGCACCACACAUUUGUAUUACAGACUGUAUCCAAGCAGCGAGGUACCGUCAGACAAUGAAGAGUUGACUCAAUGGCUGUACGAUAGAUUUAUAGAGAAGGAUAAAAUGCUCGAAGAGUAUUACCGUACAGGAAAGUUUCCAUCUAAAGGCAGUAUCUCCGAAGUACCGAGGCAAGUGAGACAGGAUAACCUGCGCUAUCUCAUACUUCAUUUAUUUUUCAUAGCUUCGACUUUCAUACAAUAUAAAAUGUUUUGCGAAUUGUGGAGCUACUUCUGGUAA